UUAAAACACCAGAAGUCACAACUUGUUGGGGUAUUAACUGAUGACGAGAGACCUCAAACGACACCAAUACCGCAUACAACUGGAAAGCUAAUAUCAGAGAUGGCUGCCCGUAUCACGGUCCAUUCAGUGCUUGAAAAGAUCAGUAAGGAUCAUCUAGAAUGUCCAAUAUGCACCAAUCGCUUCAACAAUCCAACAAUGCUAGACUGUCUACACAGCUUCUGCUUCACAUGCCUCAAGGGGCUUCACCAACAAGAUCCUAACAACUCCAUUCUACUGUGUCCUUUGUGCAGAAAGAAAACAACCCUAGAAGACAACAAGGUUGACAGUCUACCUAAGGACUUUAAACUCAAUGCCCUGGUGGAUGAGUUUACUGUUCAGGAGCAACUCAUGGAGGGUCAUGGGUCACAGAUCAAAUGUCAAGCCUGUGAAAGAGAUCAUACGGCUGUUUCCAGAUGUAUUGACUGUGAACAUUUUAUUUGUCAAGACUGCCAACAAUCACAUCAGAAUAUGGCUGUCUUAAAAUCACAUGAAAUCUACUCACUUGCUCAACUGCAGUCAGGUGUAGUAACCUACCGCAGUAAAAUCAGGGAAUACAUUCCAAAGUGUGGCAAGCACAGUGAUCAGACUCUGAAUAUCUACUGCAACACAUGCCAGAAGUUAGAAUGCACAACUUGUACUGUUCUUGGUCAUGCAAACCAAAGACAUGACUUCACUGGCAUACCUGAUGCUUUAGACAAAUGCAAACAGGAAAUCGCAGAGCUGGUUGCAAAAGCUGAGAAAUGCAAGGCUGAUAUUCAAACUGCCAUAGAACAAGCUAGUGAGUCUCGCAAGAAACUGGAAUCUUCAUAUGCUGAAACCUAUAUGAAAAUCUCCCAGAAGGCUGCCAAGGAGAGAGCAAGGAUCAACAAAGAGGAAAAUCAGCUGAAGCAAGAUGCAGAGAGUGUUUACACAUACAGAGUCCAGACAUUUGAAACUGCAGAAGCAACCAAUACAAAAGAAGUGACCCAGGUAGAGCACAAGCUGGAUGAAGUGAAUCAGUUCAUGACCCAAGCAAGCUCUCAUGAGAUUCUGGAUUUCAAGUUGAAACUUAUAAACAACCUUAAAGAACUAACCAAGAAACAGGGUGAGAUUGCGUCUGACAUGCUUUCCUUUCUUGGGUUUGAAGAAGGUGAACGGUCAGUGGGAAGACUGGUGCUGCAAGAUGAGCAACAAGCCGCGUCUUGGCGGAAGGGCGGCAUGAAAGGCGUUAACCAACGGAUGUUCUCUCAAGAACCGCAGCGGACCGACGUCAGCGACCACCGGUGAAAGCUGCUGUUCAAGAACCGAAAGCGGACCGGAAUCGGCUACAACAACUGACAGAGGCCUGAACCGACAGCAGACCGAUCCAUCGGGAACCACUGGAAAACAACCAGAGGCAUGCCGCUCAAGAACCGAUAGCGGACGGACGAACCACCGGAAACCCCCCACAGAGACCCACCGCUCAAAAACCGACAGCGGACCGACAUCAGAAGUUAUGAAAGGGAUCGAAUAGUGACUGGUUCUUAAGACUGGUUCAUACUGGCUGCGACUGCUUGCACGCACCCGACAAUUCGAAUUUUGGAUUCCAACGUUCAUACUUCAUAAGAAAAAAAAAAGUUAGUACGCAUUAAGUUUGCGAUGGCGCGCGGAAACGCAUGCGUCAAUGUUUGUGUUCAUAUACUUUCGUUUAGACUUGAUUCAAGUCCCAUUCUCGUGUAAGAGGUCCCUAUAAUUGUUGUUAUGCAUAACACGCAAACGUACUGUCAAACAACCCGUAGCAUACAGUGCGCGCUCGCCGUCAACAUGUGGUCCCGAGAAUUAUCGGGUUCAACCAACUACAUCUGGUUUAAAAUGGAGGGCUUUUCCUCUUCACACUUUGCAGAUAAUCUUGAUAUUAAAGCCAUUGGAAAUUUUCUGAACACACCAAAAAUUAAAAGUUCACAGAUUUACAAAUAACU